AUGAGUCGCGUGCCGCACCCAACGACAAGCGAUGAAUUGGAGGAUGGAGAGUUGAACGAAAGCCAGCAGCGGCGUCACUCGCUAGAAACCGAGGAUAAAUCGCUUAAGAAGCAUAAAAAGGAAAAGAAGGCCAAAAAGGAGAAGAAACGUAAGAAGGAGAAGAAGCACAAAAAGGAGCGCCAAAUUCCAGGACGCACCGACCAUGGCGAUGGUGUUAGUGCCUCGGAGGCUCUGGGGAAAGAGGAAUCGUUGAAGAAACCUUCCAGUUCGUCUAAGAACGAGAAUCACGGAGACGUCUCUCCCUCAUUCACAAUUACGAUCGGCGGGACGGGCAAGACUGAAAUUGGGCAAAAAGAAAAAGCUGUCGAAAAGCCUCCAACCAUUGAUGCAGAAAAGCCGACAAAGCAGCACGAAGCCAUGAAGCCGGCUCACGACGGCGGUGACAAGGAUCCGGUGAGGCCCGAUUCUACUUCCAGAAGGGAUAGUGAUUCGAAGCACAAGAAUCCGGACAAACCGUGGGUCUUUGAAUAUUUCUCAUCGCACAGACGCUUAGGGAAAAUAAACGACUUCAUACAAGUACCGAGAGGAGCCGCCGGCCUGAAAGCAGAAACGAGAAGCCUGGCUAUGCGGGCAACCCGGAUCUUACGAGAAAAUCGCCGACGCGUCGUAGGAGUCGAAGCGUGGAACGGCGUCGAUCGCGGGAUCGUUCGCGAGACCGCACGAGGGCAGUUGAGCGGAAACGAGGUCCAGAACGCCGUCGGUCUCCUGAUCGGUCAACGACGGUCGCGUUCCGGAGGUCGCCUUCGCCUAAUCCCCGUCACCGAAGUGUCGAACGCAGACGGCGAAGCAGAUCUCGCGUUCAAGCAGGGCAUCGAAGCAGUAAUAGACACCAUGACAAAAAUCUUAAGCGCAAAGCUGACGACGACGAGGACGAAAUUCCGAAGAAAAAUUGAAGAGUUGCGCAAGAAAAGACAGAAAUUGAUUGAGCAAGUGUCGGAUAAGAAGAUGUCGAUUUACGAGCAAGCCGACCUUAUGAAGAAUUCGGCUUUGGCCACUUCCAGAGAUGUGACUACCUCAAUUGACGCGAUGAAGCUGCGAGAAAAUUCCGCAAACGUGCGCCCUGAUGCACCGAAAAGUGAUGAUGACGAUGACGAUGAAGAAGACGAACGCGCCCGUCUACUCCGUGAAGCAAAGGCGCUGAUCGGGGAAUCUGGGCGCAGCACUUCACAAGAUGGCUCCCGCGCCAGCAGCAUGUCACCACGCCAAGAUAAGAAGAUGGUCCACCUGAGGGGACGUGAUGCUACCUCGAUUGACGAUGACCUCAAACGGGCACGAAUGGAGGAGCUGGAGGAAGAGAAGCGUCUGCAGAUUGAUAGCGCGGAGGAGAAGCGCAAAAAGUUGCUGAAAGAGGCGGAAGAGCGCAAGAAGAAGAAAGAGGAAAACAGCUUCGACAUGUUCGCUGAUGACGCCGCGAUCCCGUUGGACAAUGUCGGUGCGGCAAUCAUCACAUCUCACGGCGAUCCAAAAAAUAAUGCGCUCAAGGAUAAUUGGGACGACACUGAUGGCUAUUAUCGCGUACGAAUUGGCGAAGUGAUGAAUGGGUGCUAUCGGCAUUUC